CUUGCUUCUCAUCAGAUCAUACCAACUUUCUUACCACUUUUGCCAAUCAUGGCUCCCUCUCAUCCUCUUUCCAACCUUUCGAUUGAGGAAACCAACCUCGCAAGAGAGAUUGUCCUCGCUCACCAUGACAAGGAGGUUAUUGAUUUUAGAGAGAUCUUCCUUCAAGAGCCUACCAAGGCUGAGUUGGUCAAAUACCUUCAGCUUGAGCACUCUGGUCGCUUGUCACCUACUUCUCCUCGUCCUGCUCGUCUUGCCAAGAUCCAGUACGAUGUCAUCGGCCAGGACAGAAUCCCGUCCUACCACGAGUCUGUAGUGGACAUCGACUCUAAGAAGAGACUCAAGCAUGAGAUUAUUGGCAAAGAGCAUCAAGCUGCCUUGACUUUGAAAGAGUUCGAGGUUCUUGUUAGCGUAUGCAAGGCCGACCCAAAGUUCAAGCAAGCCAUUGCAGAACUCAACAUUCCCGACUACUAUGAGAUUGUUGUUGAACCCUGGCCAUAUGGUGGUCUGGAUGAAGAAGAUGAGAGCCGCCGUUACUUCCAAGGUCUCAUCUUCGCCCAAGACACUCGCAACGGUAAUGCCGACUCAAACUUCUACGCCUUCCCUCUUCCUCUUAUUCCUGUUCUGGACAUUCAUAAAAAGGAGAUCUGCCGUAUCGACAAACUUGCUACUGGUGGAAAGGGAGAUGGACUUACGGCAAAGACGCACGGCGAAAAGAUCCUUGAGCACUGCACUACUUCUGAAUAUGUUCCUGAGCUUCUGCCUCAGGGUCUCAGACAGGAUCUCAAGACAUUGAACGUUCUGCAGCCUGACGGUCCUUCAUUCAAAGUCAGCGACGAGUCUCUGGUAGAGUGGCAGAAGUGGCGUUUCCGUGUGUCAUUCAACCCUCGUGAGGGCGCUGUCAUCCAUGACGUACACUACGAUGGCAGAAGUGUCGCCUACAGACUCUCUGUCAGCGAGAUGACUGUUCCUUAUGCAGAUGCGCGCCCACCAUUCCAGAGAAAGCAGGCCUUUGACUUUGGCGAUGGUGGUGCUGGAAACUGUGCAAACAAUCUAUCACUCGGCUGUGACUGUCUGGGUGUCAUCAAGUACUUUGAUGCUGUUAUCGUCAAUGAUGAUGGUAAGGGCAAGGUCCAUCCCAAUGUCAUUUGCCUUCACGAGCAAGACGAAGGUAUCGGCUGGAAGCACACCAACUGGCGCACUGGCCGUGCCGUCGUUACUCGCAGUCGCGUCCUGGUAGUCCAGUUCAUCAUCACCCUCGCCAACUACGAAUACGUCUUUGCCUACAAGUUCGAUCAAUCAGGCGGUAUCGAUAUCGAGACACGAGCAACGGGUAUCGUCAGUUGUGUCAACAUCGACCCCGGCAAAACCAGCAACUACGGCAAUGUCGUCAACCCUGGUGUCCUUGCCCAAAAUCAUCAACACAUCUUUGCCUUCCGCAUCGAUCCAGCAAUCGACGGCCACAACAACACAGUCAUCACCGAAGAAUCCCACGCCGUGCCCAUGAACCCCAAGACCAACCCUCGCGGUAACUACUACGAAGUACGCAAAACACCCAUCGAGACCGCUGCCUGGGCAGAUGCCGAACCACGUCUCAACCGCGUCUUCAAGAUCGUAAACGAGAAUAUCAAAAACCCCGUUUCUGGAAACAGUGUAGGCUACAAACUCGUUCCUCCAGCUACACAACUUCUUCUCGCCGAUCCAGCAUCCGUGCAGGCUCAACGCGCUCAAUUCGCUCAACACCACGUGUGGGUCACAAAAUACAAAGACGAUGAACUCUUCGCCGGUGGCCGCUUCACCAUGCAAUCUCGCAAGGAAGUGGAUGGAGUGGCUGAUGCUGUUGCUCGUGGCGAUGGCACCAGAGAUACCGAUGUAGUGGUCUGGAGUGUGUUUGGCCUCACCCACAACCCCAGAGUGGAGGAUUGGCCAGUCAUGCCUUGUGAGAUUCAUCAAGUGCAUUUGCGACCUACGGAUUUCUUUACCAGUAAUCCUAGUAUCGAUGUGCCGCCGAGUAGCAACAAGGCUAGUGUAGAGGUGCCGAAGAGCUGUUGUCAACCUGCUCAGGGCAAGCUUUGAGAAGUUGCUUACUUUGAGGGCAAGGAGGGGGGGGGGGGGGGGGGGGGGG